AUGAAGCUUCUCUGCAGUGUUUUGCUCGGCACAGCCUUCGGGCAAUACGCUGACUACGGAGCAUACGGGUACGCCCAGUACAGCGCGUACGAAUACGAUCAGUACGGCAACAAGAAGAACAAGAACAAGAACCAGUACCAGUACGCUGCUCCAAGCGGGUACGGCUACGACGGAAAGACCUAUCUGGACUCAGACCUUAAUGACUACAAAAAUGGUCUCCACUGCUGGAAAUGUGACGCUCGUAUCUCCGCUGACGUAGACAUUGGCAAAACAGCUGGCAAGAACGUCUUCUUUGAUUGCUUGGCCAAUGGAGUCGUCCAGGAUUGCAAAGGUGAAGAGCGAGUUUGCUUCACCGAGACUCGUGCCCGAUACGACCGAAUUUACGCUGUCCACACCGGUUGCAAAUCUCCCGAUGCCUGCGUCGCAAACUGGAGACGCAACGAGCGAUACACUCUUCCAUUCAUGCUCUUUGGCAAGCACACCGACAGCAGCACAACGCCACAAUACAUCGAUGAUGAGUGCCGAAUUAACUCAGCGCUCGAUCAGCAAAAAUUCGAGACCCACCGUUCUCAGUGGGAAUCCGUCUGCCGAACAUGUUGCGUUGCUGGCAUCAGUACUACUGGUACUGAUCUCUGUAACCGAGCAGCAGGGACUCCAUUGUCUUUCGGAUGCUCAAACGGUGGAGCAAAUCCAUCAGCUGCUGCUGACGCUUGCGCUGGUCUGGAACCAGCCGGUUCCCUUCAGACACUCGCCAAAGCAAAGUACCAGUACCAGACGCUCGCCGCUUUCAUGAAGACGGCGCUCAAUGGUCUCGAUUCUUCUGGCGCUGCCGUCGCCAAAUACCCAAUGCCCGUCGAAGGUCGAAACUCUGUCACCGAACAGAAACGACUCCGACUCAAGGACGAUGACAGCACAGCUCUCUUGGAGCAAGCCGAUCUCCUCUCCAAAGAGACUCUUGAUCACUUCGAUGUCCGAGCCGGCGGCAAAUAA